UCACUGUGACCGAAAGCUAACUGGGAACAUGAGUUUUUUUUUAUGUUCAUCGCCAGAUUCCCCACAGGUUUCGCGAGAAUUUGACGGUUGUGUGCAGCAGUCUCUGUGCUGGACGAAUUUACCAGCGUACUGCUAUGAAAUUUGACUAAAGAAACCGUUUGAAUUCCUGGAGGCAUGUCCAAGAAAAGGGGCAGAAAACGGAGCAGCGGGGAACUGAAUGACGUAUUAACCCCUGACCCCAACGGUAUUCUGGGAGUCCGCAUUCAGCAUAACUGGCGUGAGAAGGGGAACCAGAGCAAAUGGAAGGGGACCGUGCUAGACAGGCUGAGUGUGAACCCUUCUCUCUUCAUGGUGAAAUAUGAUGGUUUUGACUGUGUCUACGGAAUUGAGCUCUUCAAGGACGAGAGAGUGUCCAACCUGCAAGUUCUUUCAGAAAAAGUUGUCAACAACAAGAUCAAGAUUCCUGCAGGGGCUGAGGAGCUGGUGGGAAAAGCUGUGGAGCAUCUCUUUGAAAAGGAGGAUGGCGAGAAGAAUGAGUGGAGAGGCAUGGUGCUUUCUCGAGCUCCAAUCAUGACCAACUGGUAUUAUAUCACUUAUGAGAAGGAUCCCGUUCUUUACAUGUACCAACUUUGGGACGACUAUGCUGAUGGAGACCUCAGGAUUCUGCCGGAAGCAGAAAACAAGCACCUGUUGCCUGCAGACAGGAAGCCGGGAGAAGAGACGGAGAGUCUUGUGGGAAAACAAGUGGAGUACGUUACUGACAAAGGUGUGAAGAGAACAGGCCUGGUAAUCUACCAGGUCCCAGCCAAGCCUUCUGUCUACUACAUCAAAUACGAUGAUGACUUUCAUAUCCACGUCUAUGACCUGGUCAAAACCACCUAAAAAUAGUUGACAUUUUCUCCCCCUUUCAAACCUCUCUCCAUCUGCUUGUUUCAUUCACUGUUAUUGGCAGAUUUAAUGGAUAAUAUGCUUUACUGUUCAGAAGAAAGUGAUUGUUUUUGUUUGCAAAGCAGAACUGUAGCACUGCUUUGAGCAUUUGGAGGAUGGACAAAUUGUUUCCUUGUUGCUGCUUUUAAUUUAUAAAGUUUGGACAGUCAGGGACUGCACUGCCCUACAGCUGCAGUGUAGCAGUUACUACUGCAUUUGUCACCAAGGUACUGAUCUGUCCUUAAAGUAACAGUUUUGAUGAGGCUUGAUUAAUACUACCAAAAAAAUACUUCUAUGAAGCACUGCCCCAUAGACUGUCUGCAGAUUUUUGAAUCAGAUAUCUGAGGUUCUACUUCGCCACAGUUAAUGAUGAAGACAAGUCCUGUAUGUGGUCUGAGGCCCAUUGGACUGGUGUUUAUAUCUGAUGGCAAACACCAUUGCAAGUAAAAUUAUACAGACAAUAUGGUGUACAUUUUGUUACAUAAGAUGAGCACAGCUGCCAUGUGUGAAAUAUUAGGGUGAGCAUGAAUGCAACGCAUAAUGGCCCAUUGGCAUUUAGUGACUUAAAUGAGCAAAAUGGAGUAAAGACCAGAGAGACAGAGUGCAAGUGGACUCCAAAAUUAUCAGUGUAGUAGUACUGUGUUUUCAGCCAAAUUAUAACUGGGGCAAAAUCAAGUUUUGCACCAUUUUAAGAACUGCAGCACUAAUUGCAAUGUGAUUUACAUGCCUAAACUGAUGUGCUUACUGCUUAGGUUGAUACAUAGGCUCUAAACCCUAAUGUUAAACAGCACAAGGAACAUCAGAUCCUCUGUACUGUAAUGCAGUCUCAUACAUUCUUAUUCAAUUUUAAUGUAACACAAAUCAUUAAGUGCCUUCUGGCUUGGGCUUGUCAUUUUGCAACUUCAUAUAUAUAAUGUUUGCUCUUAAAGGGGGAACUCUGGACUUUUUCAGCCUGGACUUUAUUUUAGAUGAUGUAGAGUUUAAUUUUUCCCCUCUCGGCCAAAUACAAUAUAGUACAUUUGAGCCCCGUUAACUCGUGCGAUUUGGGGUCCACAAAAUCAGACUGCAAGUUAUCUGAAACCCUGAGUUAUGUUGAUCCAAAAAAAAAACCUUUAAAAUCAGCUUACCUUGCCAUAUUACAAUAGUUUUUGUGAUUUGUUGGAUGGUGAUGAUUUCCUCAUCUGGAGUGAGUUCGGAAUAUUUUUCCUCCUGCUGCAGGUCAGUAAUGAGGGUGGAUGAUUCUGUGUGAAAGACUCCUGACUAUUAAGUUUUUGGAUGCGACUCUUAAGAACCUUACUGCUUGUUCAGAUUGGGCCGGAAUUUAUACAUGUACCCACCACACAAGGAUCGUUGACCUGCAGCAGCCGGAGGAGGAAGAAUUCAUUGUCCGUACUGAGGAUCCCUCCCAAAAAUAGUCAAAUCAAAACUGACUUUUAUAGGUAGUCCAAAUUUUUGGGGUCCACAGCUUGACUGCGGGUAAAGCCAAAUCGCAACUUGCACAUGUGCAAGUUACCUGAACUUGCAACAUAAACGCUGUCAUGAGCUACAUCUUAAUGUGGCUCAGAACAGCCAACUUGUAUAGACUUUGUAGACAGCGGUGUCCACAAACAAAGAGCAAGACAAUAACUGCAAAAUCGAUUAGUUUUAACUUUUUUUCAGACGUAAAUGUGCAAGUGUAUGACUGUAGUCAUACUACCGGACACUUUUUAACCUAUUCAGUGACAUGUAGUUCACUUUGAGAGUUUUAACUUGCCUUAUGCCAAUACAUUGUACAGCUGUUUAACACCUGACUUUGCCGUUUAACUGAAAAUUGUUUUUAAUCCCAAAAACAAGUUCCAGGUUGAAAAAUUCCAGGUCACCUUUAAUGUCUCUUGGAUGUAAGGUGGUCUUGUGAAAACUAUGAUGCUACAAGAAAUGGUAAGAAGACAUAUUGCAUAAAGUUUAUUAGUCAUAUGCUUUGCCUAUAUUAAUAUUUGAAAACAAACUUGGUUGUUUUAGUCUCAUUGUUCAUAUUUUGUGGGAGCACUUUAUUGUAUAAAGUUUAUAUUAUAAUUUGCCAUUUAGCUGCUUCAAAUCACUUUGACCUUAAGAGCAAAUGUGGUAGUUUUAUGGGAUUAAAUUUGGGACUUGAAGCUUAUACAUACAAAAAUACAAAAUUUAAACUAAGUCCAGGUUUUGAUUUUGCACUUUUAAAAAUGCAAUGUAUUAAAAAAUUAAACACACACACAUACAUAUAAUUUUUUUUCCUUCAGUUGUAGAUCUGCUGUCCAUGAUUUUACUUGGUAGAUAUGGUAUUACCUACACAUCAGUGAUGGCUAAAUGCUUAGUACACUUGGGUUCAGUAUGGAAGGUUCCCGGUUCAAACCCCACCCCUGCCACAUUUCUCCAUGUAAUGUGGAGCUGAAUCAGGAAGGACUUGUGACAACCCAGAGGGGGAAAUACAAGGGAGUAGCUGGACAAAAUUGCAUUUAGCUAUUUUAGCUAGGUAUCACCUGCAUCUGGCAUGUUCAGGCUCAGAGUCCUCUCUGCUCUCAGCAGCUCUGAACAGGCAAGUCAUACUCUCGUGUUAAUUUAUGACCCUCUGAGGUAAAUAACACACCAAGUAAAAUAAGAGACAGACAUUGUUUUGAGAGUGUGUGUGUGUGUGUGGGGGGGUAGACUUUAUUUUAAUACCUUGUAAUCUUUUAAAAAGGUGCAAAAUCAAAACUUGGGACUUCCAGAAAAAAAAAAAAAAAUUCAUACGAACCAGCUCAAAGUCACAAAUUAAUCCCCGAGUUUGCUUUAUUACAUGCAUGAUGGAAAAAAAAGGCUCACAAUACGGUUAAACAGUAUUUAAUCUGCAAUUUAUGUAAAAUGCAUUGUAAAGUUACCUCUCGUGAUUACUCUCCCAAUAUGACUCAACACAUCACCAGCUCUUAGUAAAGCGAUUCCACAGGUGUUAGCAGUAUGGAUUUCAUCCCGACUUUGUCACUAUGCGCUUGUUUCAGAAUUGGUCUUAGUCUGCUCAGUUUAAAAAGAAAAAAAUCAUUCAGUGUAUCCUCUCUGAUGUUCGUGUUAACACAUUCUGGUGUUACCAUUCUGUGAUUUGGUUGUCAAAAACUCUGCAUGCAUCAUUGUAAGAGUAGCUGGAGUUUUCUUUCCAAACGUGUCUGUAUCUUGGCAGUGAAAUAGUGACAAUGUGUGGCUGAAUCUAUACCAUUUGUUGAAACUCACAUGAACAUAAAAGGGUAACACUAUUUGCCUCCAGCACUGGUGCUGUGCGGCGUUUCGAUGUUGUACACAGUGGAGUUACAGAUGACAGAAUGCUUGUUCAUGCUCUCCAUCACCUUGUGGGGGAGCUGCAGCUUAUAGUUUCCCUAUAAGAUGACUGAAGCAACUGUGUAAUAAUUAUGACAUGAUUAAUAAAGGGUUUUUUUAUAU